UUAAAGAUUUCAUUUCCAGUCUUUUAGUCGUUUUUAGGGCUAUUUUCGCGGCUUCGUCUGUAGUGAUUCUUUGAAUUCCUGUAUCCUUCGGCUCCGAAAUUCAUGUCAGCCUCGAUCCAACCAGUGCAGAAAAUAUAGCUGCAUCCGAUUGAAUUGAAUCACUCUUCCAGUUUUUUUGUGUUGUAGCCAGCUUUUAUGAGAGGGAUCACCACGAAUGGAGAAGACUUGCCAAGAAGAGGAAUCGGGAACUUCAUCUGCAGGUGUCUUUGAGGUACCGGGAGAACCUGCCGUUGUCAUCAAUGGGGUUCCACAUGUGGGCUGCAGUGACAAUGCUUCCCUUCAGUUUGGUACUUCGAGCAAUGUAGAAUCAAGACAGAAUACUGGUUUUGGUGAAUGGUUGGAAGGCAGAGAAGUCCGGAAAAUGUUUGGUGAGCAAUUUUACUCUGGUACAGUAACUAAUUUUGACAGAGAAACAGGUUGGUAUAGAGUGGUAUAUGAAGAUGGCGAUUUCGAAGAUCUUGAGUGGCAUGAAUUGGAGGGGGUACUUCUGCCAUUGGAAAUUUCAGUGCCAUUGAAAACAAUGGCGUUGAAGAUCCUAAAGAAGUGUGAGAAACCCUCUCAUAAGCCGGUGAAACAUGCAGCUAGAUCACGAAAACCUCGAGGUAAGAAUGUGGAAUGAGGAAAGACCAUGGAGGAGCUUUGCUGUUCUUCAGUGGCAGUCCAAAAGCAAAAGAAUUCAAGGAGGCCUGGGGAAUCAAAGCAGGAGAACAAAAAUGAAUAUGGAGAACUUUUUCUGAAAGUAAUGUUGUAUUUCUGUUAGGCGACAGCUUAAUCUCAAAAAGCAGCUGCGAGAAGAAUGCUCAAGGGGAAAAGUUAGAAUUGUAUGCAUUUUCUAAAAAAUGUAUGUUUUCUCUGAUUCUAGUCUUCCCUUGCAUUGAAUAUUUACUUAUUUAUGUAUGACACUGGCUACAAGAUCAGUAUGGGAGCAUUCUAAAGUGAAGGAAA